AUGGCUCUGCGGCGGCCAGGUGAGGCCGGACCCCAGGGCAAGAUGUGCUAUCCUCCUGAGAGGCUCCAGGGAGGCCCCCAACACCUGGACGCCUACUACACGCCUUUCCCGCCCUAUGGCCACUAUGCGAACAUGCUAACCGCUGCGGAGGAAGAUUUCCAACCUUUCCCGCAGCUGGAGGCCGCCGUGACUGCAUCCCACGCGAUGCCCCCCUUUGCCUUCCGGCCCGCGCCUCUCUUGCUGAGCACCAGCCUGGCUCUGCAGAGGGAGCCGCUCUACGACCUGCCGUGCUACAGCAAGCUGCCACCGUGGUCCCCAAUUCCCCACCUCCCCAGAGAGGUGCCGCACUUCCUCAACAGCAGCCGCGAGUAUGCAGGCGCCACCGGUGAAGACUUGGGCCAUACUGGUAGCCGAAGUGACACUGGCCAGUGCUGUGGACCUGAAACUUUAAUGCCGCCGCCGGCUGUGAAUGCUUCCCUGUUCCCUGAGGGGGUGAAGGCCUCCCAGUUAUUAUCUUGCUCCCCCAGCAAGCGGUCUGAGGAGGGCUCCAAACCCCUGAACCAACAAGGGAAGUCAUCUCACCGCUACCACUUCACCCAGGAGGACCUGCACUUAGUUCUGUUCGGGGUCAUUCCCAGCCUGGAUCACUCAGCCCCUCUGCACCACGCGGUUUCCGGUUUCCUGGUCCCCACGGACAGCUCUGGAUCUGAUUCUCUUUGUCGAACUCUGGAUAAAGACUCCCUUCAACUACCAGAAGGUCUCUGCCUCAAGCAGACGAUGUUUGGUGAGGUGCGGCAUUUUGGUGUAUUCUGCAGUAGCCUUGUUGCCAAAGGAGUCAGAUUUGGACCCUUUCAAGGUAAAGUGGUCAACGCCAGUGAAGUCAAGACCUAUGGAGACAAUUCUCUGAUGUGGGAGAUCUUCGAAGAUGGUCAUUUGAGCCACUUCAUAGAUGGAAAAGGAGGUGCGGGGAACUGGAUGGCCUACGUCAACUGCGCCCGUUUCCCCAAGGAGCAGAACCUGGUUGCGGUGCAGUGUCAGGGGCAGAUAUUUUACGAGAGCUGCAAGGAUAUCUGCCAGAACCAAGAGCUCCUUGUGUGGUAUGGAGACUGCUAUGAAAAGUUUUUGGACAUUCCCAUGAGCCUUCAGGUCACAGAGCAGGGGAAGCCGGUGCCUGGGCCCUCUGAAGGAAAAGUAUUUACCUACAAAUAUUACAGAGAUAAGCACCUCAAAUACACCCCUUGUGUGGACAAGGGUGACAGGAAAUUUCCCUGCUCUCUCUGCACACGAUCCUUUGAGAAGCGGGACCGGCUCCGGAUCCAUGUCCUUCACGUUCAUGAGAAGCACCGGCCUCACAAGUGUUCUACGUGUGGGAAAUGUUUCUCUCAGUCUUCCAGCCUAAACAAACACACGAGAGUCCACUCUGGAGACAGACCAUACCAGUGUGUAUACUGCACAAAGAGGUUCACUGCCUCCAGCAUCCUUCGCACGCAUAUCAGGCAGCACUCAGGGGAGAAGCCCUUUAAAUGCAAGUACUGUGGUAAAUCUUUUGCAUCCCACGCCGCUCAUGACAGCCACGUCCGUCGCUCGCACAAGGAAGAUGAGGGCUGCUCCUGCAGCAUCUGUGGAAAAACCUUCCAGGAUCAAGAAGCGUUCUACUCCCACACGAAGCUUCACGAAGGCUACUAG